AGCCGCUCUGUGUAUAAAGAGGAGGCAGAGAUAGUGCAAGGCAGAUAGCGGGAGAUGCAGUGGACACAGCUCUCUCUGGCUGCUGCUCAGAGGUAAAUCAGACGUCCCGAUGGGGGCUGAAGCCAUGGAGUUCGCAAAUGCCAUCCUACGCUUCUGGGCCUGGAUAUUUGUGCUGUGGAGUGCUUCAGAUAUCUUCAUCACAGUGUCAUCUAUAGACAUUCCAGAUUCCUCUUGCUCAGGCCCCCAAGGAACAGAAUUUAUCACUGUCUUCAUGCAGAAUCACUUAUCUACUUAUGGUAGUAAAGACUUCAGGUUGUUCAUCACAGGUUACACCUCGGGGACAUCAGUGACCAUUUCUGUUAACAAAGCAGAUGUUAGUAUCAAUGUCCAGGCAAAUCCAGGAGAGACAACAUGGGUACAGAUCCCAGAGUUUGUGGGGCUGGAUGGAAGCCAAGUGUCUGACCACACAGUCAUCAUCCGCUCUGACCAUGAGAUCUCCAUCCUCUCUCUGAACUACAAGACUUAUACGGCUGAUACCACUGUAGUGUACCCUGUGCAGAGACUCGGGACUGAGUACUAUGUGGUGACUCCAAUGGGGAAUCGAGAAGAUCUUGGUAAGCAAUUUGCUGUAGUAGCUUGGAAGGAUCCCACCGUUGUUGAAGUUUACCUCAAAGGAGCUGUAACUUUCCAAGGAGAAACCUACAGAGCAGGGAGAAAACUGGUCAUCUCACUUAGAGCUUACCAGGCAGUCCAGCUGCAGAGCCAAGAUGACUUAUCUGGCACCAGGAUUGUGUCCGCGAAUCCCGUGGCCGUCUAUAGUGGACACGUAUGUGUUUUAAAGCACACUGCCUGUGACUAUGUGAGUGAGCAACUCCUGCCGGUGUCUGGCUGGGGCACCACAUUCAUCGUACCUCCUUUAUCCUUCCAGCCCAAAUUUGACUUGGUGUAUGUGGCUGCUUCCCAACACACCCACAUGGAUUAUCGGGCUGGGAACAUGAAAGCCACUAGGGACCUGGUUGCUGGGCAGGUUGUGCCAUUUGAAAUCAAAUUCCCUAACCCCUUGUAUAUCUCUGCUAGUGCAGGGAUCCAAGUUGUCUUCUUCUGCACUGGAGGGAAAAAAGGGGCAAUCUCGUAUGAUCCGUUCCUCCUGACGAUCCCAGAUGUGUCUGGAUACUGCCAGAUCUAUCACAUCCAUGGGCAGGAGCUGUUUCAGAACUACGCUGUGAUUGUAGCCAAGACGGCUGAGACUGCUGGUGUUAUUGUUGAUGAGAAACAACUACGUGCUCCUACGUGGAGGCCUAUUCCAGGCAUUGCAUACUCUUGGACUGAAUACGACUUGGGAAGUGGGUUUACCAACCACGUCAUAGAGAAUCCCCACUCCCUAUUUAGUGUCCUGAGUGUUGGGAUUAAAGACAAGGCUGGAUAUGGCUCAUCGGCUAUUGGUGGCAUUUUGAGAGCUGCUCCUACCAUUCAGCCUGCAGAUCUACCCCCUGCUUCUUGCUCAGGCCCCCAAGGGACAGAAUUUAUCACUGUCUUCAUGCAGAAUCACUUACCGUAUUAUGGUGGUAAAAACUUCAAGUUGUUCAUUACUGGCUAUGUCCCUGGGACGAUCGUCACCAUCUCAGUGAAUAAAGCAGAUUUUUUGGUCACUGUCACUGCACAUCCUGAAGACACAGUAUCUGUGAUGAUCCCUGCAUUCGUGGACCUGGCUGGAAGCCAAGUGUCUGACCACACAGUCAUCAUCCGCUCUGACCAUGAGAUCUCCAUCCUCUCUCUGAACUACAAGACUUAUACGGCUGAUACCACUGUAGUGUACCCUGUGCAGAGACUCGGGACUGAGUACUAUGUGGUGACUCCAAUGGGGAAUCGAGAAGAUCUUGGUAAGCAAUUUGCUGUAGUAGCUUGGAAGGAUCCCACCGUUGUUGAAGUUUACCUCAAAGGAGCUGUAACUUUCCAAGGAGAAACCUACAGAGCAGGGAGAAAACUGGUCAUCUCACUUAGAGCUUACCAGGCAGUCCAGCUGCAGAGCCAAGAUGACUUAUCUGGCACCAGGAUUGUGUCCGCGAAUCCCGUGGCCGUCUAUAGUGGACACGUAUGUGUUUUAAAGCACACUGCCUGUGACUAUGUGAGUGAGCAACUCCUGCCGGUGUCUGGCUGGGGCACCACAUUCAUCGUACCUCCUUUAUCCUUCCAGCCCAAAUUUGACUUGGUGUAUGUGGCUGCUUCCCAACACACCCACAUGGAUUAUCGGGCUGGGAACAUGAAAGCCACUAGGGACCUGGUUGCUGGGCAGGUUGUGCCAUUUGAAAUCAAAUUCCCUAACCCCUUGUAUAUCUCUGCUAGUGCAGGGAUCCAAGUUGUCUUCUUCUGCACUGGAGGGAAAAAAGGGGCAAUCUCGUAUGAUCCGUUCCUCCUGACGAUCCCAGAUGUGUCUGGAUACUGCCAGAUCUAUCACAUCCAUGGGCAGGACAAGUAUGAAAACUAUGCACUGAUAACAGCCAAAACAUCAGAAUCUGGUGGUAUCACCACUGAUAAGAAACCAUUAGGAAACCUUGUAUGGAAGCCAAUUCCAGGCACAGAGUUCUCCUGGGCUCAAUACAGUCCUGGCAAAGGAUUCAAGAGGGAAACCAUUGAGCACCCAAGAUCUCCAUUUGGGCUUCUAAGCAUUGGGAUUGCCUCCAAAACUGCAUAUGGAUCUCCAGCUAUUGGUGCAAGCAAUAUUCCAAAGCCAUCCUGCAGUGUGGUCCGCUGCAAGGAAGGAACAAUUUGCAAGAUGAUAGAUGGGCAGCCAGAGUGCGUGCCAGUCUUCCAGGCCACAUGCUGGGCUGGGGGCUACUUGUAUUAUCACACUUUUGACGGCCGGCGGUAUGACAUCCAAGGCACCUGCACAUACACUGUGGCCAAGACCUGUGGGUGUGACUGUGACCCACACUCCUUUGACAUCACAGUUGAGAGCUGGAGCAGUGGGAACACACAGAUCUCAUUCAUUGGGUCAGUAACUGUCCAGGUGGAUGGAGUUACUGUCAGAGUGGCCAGGGCAGAGGUCGGCUAUGUGAGGGUGAAUAACACCAGGGCCCACUUACCCAUCUCCCUGAACAACGGGGUCUUUCUACUCUAUCAGAGCGGCACCUUCCUUGUCCUCCGCACCAGCUUCAACCUCAGCAUAGCCUAUGACUGGAAGAACCACCUGAGGGUCACUGUCCCCCGUGAUUUCUCCGACAACCUGUGUGGCCUGUGCAGCAACGACAACAAAGACUCUUCUGAUGAUUCCUGGGGUUCAGCUGAGGACAAGGAUCCCAGUGUCCUUCUCCAGGAACAAACCUCAGAGGUAGAAGAUGAGAAACAGCAUUGCUGGCAUGACUGCAUUGGGGGCUGCAGGCCCUGUGCCGCCAGCAUAGCCAGAAAGUACAAGGAGGAGGACUCAUGUGGCCUGAUAACCAAGGUCUCAGAUGGGCCCUUCAGCCAGUGCCAUGCUAAGGUGGAUCCUACAGCCUACUUGGAUGACUGCGUGUACGAUCUGUGCCACAAUGGUGGCUACAGGAAGAUUCUGUGUGAAGCCCUGAAAGCCUACGCAGAUGCCUGCCAGCUGGAAGGGGUCAGGAUUGGGAAAUGGAGGCAGCUAGCCAGAUGCUCCCUGGAGUGCCCCUUGGAGAACAGCCAGUACCAGCUCUGUGGAACAGCCUGCCCAGCCACCUGUGUGGACCACUCGGCCCCCAGCAACUGCCAAGACCCCUGUGUGGAAAGCUGCCAGUGCAAGGAUGGUUUUGUGCUGAGCCAGGGGAAAUGCAUACCCAAGAGCGGCUGUGGGUGCCUGUUUGAGGGGCGCCCCUAUGCCCCCAAUGAGAGCUUCUGGCUGGAUGAGGCAUGUGGAACACGGUGCAUAUGCAACGCAGACUCUAGACAAGUUGAAUGCGUGCCUGAUAGUUGCAAACGUUUAGAGACAUGUGGACUAGUGAAUGGCAUCCGGGGCUGUUACCCCUCCAGAUAUGCCACUUGCUCUGUGGCAAGGAAUCUACACUACACCACCUUUGAUGGUCAGAGAUAUAACUUCCAAGGCACCUGUCGCUACCAGCUCACAGCUCUGUGCAAGAAGGCAGAGGGGCUGGUGGACUUUGAAGUUUAUUUCCAGGAGAACAACACCACUCCUCUCCAGAUCAGGAUUUCUGAGACAGACCUCAGGGUCAGCACUCAAUUUCCUGGCAAAAUUAUGGUGGAUGGUCUCCUGAUGAAUCUUCCCUUCUACCUGGAGGAUAAGAAAAUCACAGCAUAUAGAAAGGGUUGGGCCACAGUGAUCCAGACAGACUUUGGCCUCAGCGUGACCUUUACCGGAUGGUCAGGGCGCACCACAGUCACGCUGCCUGUCACCUACGCGGGGGCCGUGUGUGGUCUGUGUGGCAACUUCAACAGGGACAGGGAUGACGACUUGCUGAUGAGGGACGGCACGCUGGCACCCAACCCCGGCAGCUUGGGCCAGAGCUGGAAGGUGGGAGACGUCCCUGGAUGCUCUGCAGUGACGAUACCUCCAUGUGCAAAUCUAGAAGCUAUUGAACAACAGCAGCGACUGAGCAGAGGGCAGUGUGGGCUCAUUCUGUACAGGGCUGGUCCCUUCCGAGGAUGUCACCGCAAAGUGGACCCGCAUGGAUACUUCAUAGACUGUGUGUACGGCUAUUGCUUCCUGAGUGGGCGGGAGAGUAGCGUCUGCCAGGCCAUUGCUGGCUAUGCCGAGGCAUGUCAGGAAGCUGGAGCUGUGGUGUAUUCCUGGAGGACUCCAAAAUUCUGCUUUGCAUCCUGUCCCCAGAACAGUCACUAUGAAUUCUGCAGCAGAAGCUGUGAUCUGACAUGCAGCAACCUCUAUGCCCCGGUGCAAUGCACGACCCGGUGCAAGGAAGGCUGCGUGUGUGACGAGGGCUUUGUUCUCAGUGGCGACCGCUGUGUCCCCGUUUCCCAGUGUGGAUGUCUCCACAGAGGGCUUUACUACCAGGUCGGGGAAACCUUCCACCCAAGUGGCUCAUGCGAGGAGCAGUGCAUUUGUCAGGCUGGGGGAGAAGUUGUGUGUAAGGCUUUUACCUGUGGUACUGGUGAGCAAUGCGGGGUGGUGGACGGUGUCCGGAAAUGCCACCCAUUUGGAUCUGCCACCUGUUCUGCCUCUGGCCAUCCCCACUACCUCUCUUUCGAUGGGGUCCCCUUUGACUUCCAAGGCACCUGCACCUACAUCCUGGCCAAGACCUGCACUGACUCCAGCAACCUGACGCCAUUCACCAUCCGUAUAGAGAAAGAAUCCUGGGGCAGCGGGAACGUGUCCGUGGCCAAGCAGGUGUCCAUCCAGGUGUACGGGAUCACACUCACCCUGCUGCAGAACAGACAAGGGCUCAUCAUGGUGAACAGGGUGACCCACAACCUCCCAGUGAUCAUGGCUGAUGGGCAACUUAAAGCAUAUCAACACGGUACAAAUAUUUUUGUGCAAACUGAGUUUGGCCUCACUGUGAGCUUUGACCUGGUUUACCAAGCCAAGGUCAGCAUCCCAGGGAGCUAUGAGGGCCAGACGUGUGGCCUGUGUGGGAACUACAAUGGACGGGAAGAUGAGGAGUUCCUGCUCCCCGACGGAAGCACAGCCCCUGAUGUGGCAGCAUUUGGUUCUGCUUGGGAAGUCCAGGUCCCAGGAGCACCUUGUACAGACAGGUGUGCUGGAAACAGCUGUCCAGUUUGUGAGGAGAGGAAGAAGGAGGUCUUCAAAGCGAGCAACUACUGCGGGCUGCUCACAGACCCCAAUGGCCCCUUUGCCACCUGCCACGGCACAAUCAGCCCCAGCAUGUAUCUGAACAACUGCCUGCAUGACGUGUGCCUGGGCAACGGGGACUCCCCGGUCCUGUGCCAGAGCAUCCACAGCUACGUGACGGCCUGCCAGGAGGCCAGGAUCUUCAUCAAGCCCUGGAGGAGCGCCUCCUUCUGCCCUAUGAGCUGCCCAGUCAACAGCCACUAUGAGCUCUGUGCUGACCUCUGUACCUCCUCCUGCACUGGAGACAUCAUGAACUGCCUGAAGACCUGUGCUGAAGGCUGCCAGUGUGAUGAUGGCUUCUUGUUUGAUGGCCAGGGCUGUGUGCCUCAGGAGAGCUGCGGGUGCUUCGAGCAUGGGAAAUAUUACAAGCCCAAUGAGACGGUCCUGACAAACGAGUGCCAGCAAAGCUGCACCUGCGUUCCUGUCCAAGGGGUGACCUGCAAAGCCCACCAAUGCGCCCGAGAAGAAACCUGCCAGAUCAGAGACGGCGUCAGGGCCUGCGCCAGUAAAGAUCUUCCAAAGCCAUCCUGCACUGUGGUCCGCUGCAAGAAAGGAACAGUUUGCAAGAUGAUAGAUGGGCAGCCAGAGUGUGUGCCAGUCUCCCAGGCCAUGUGUUGGGCUGGGGGCUACUUGCAUUACCACACCUUCGAUGGCCGGGUGUAUAACUUCCAUGGGACCUGCAACUACACUGUAGCCAAGAUUUGCAGGGGUGACUCCAUCACACCCUUCUUCCAUGUCACAGCCAAGAGUGAAAGCUGGGGGAACACACAAGUCUCCUACAUUGUGUCAGUGACCAUCCAAGUGGACAGAGUCACCAUCACAGCAGCCAGGGCUGAGGCCGGCUUUGUGUGGGUGAAUAACACCAGGGCCCACUUACCCAUCUCCCUGAACAACGGCGUUCUUCGACUCUAUCAGAGCGGCACCUCCCUUGUCCUCCGCACCAGCUUCAAGCUCAGCGUAGCCUAUGACUGGAACAACCACCUGAGGGUCACCGUCCCCCGUGACUUCUCCAACAGCUUGUGUGGCCUGUGCGGUAACUAUAACGGGGAUCCCACUGAUGACUUCCAGACCCCAGACGGGGACCUGGCUCCCAGUGUUGCCGCCCUGGGGAGAAGCUGGGCAGUGGAAGAUGAGGAACAGCAUUGCUGGCAUGACUGCAUUGGGGGCUGCAAGCCCUGUGCCGCCAGCAUAGCCAGAAAGUACAAGGAGGAGGACUCAUGUGGCCUGAUAACCAAGGUCUCAGAUGGGCCCUUCAGCCAGUGCCACGCCAAGGUGGAUCCUACAGCCUACUUGGACAACUGCGUGUACGAUCUCUGCCACACCGACGGCUACAGGAAGGCCCUGUGCGAGGCCCUGAAGGCCUACGCGGAUGCCUGCCAGCUGGAGGGGGUCAGGAUUGGGGACUGGAGGCAGCUAGCCAGAUGCUCUCUGGAGUGCCCCCUGGAGAACAGCCAGUACCAGCUCUGUGGAAUAGCCUGCCCAGCCACCUGUGUGGACCACUCGGCCCCCAGCAGCUGCCAAGACCCCUGUGUGGAAAGCUGCCAGUGCAAGGAUGGUUUUGUGCUGAGCCAGGGGAAAUGCAUACCCAAGAGCGGCUGUGGGUGCCUGUCUGAGGGGCGCCCCUAUGCCCCCAAUGAGAGCUUCUGGCUGGAUGAGGCAUGUGGCACACUGUGCAAAUGCAACGCAGACUCUAGACAAGUCGAAUGCCAGGCUGCCGCGUGCAAACAUUCGGAGACGUGUGGGCUAGUGCACGGUGUGCGGGGCUGUUACCCCUCCAGCUACGGCACCUGCUCCAUGACAAGCAGUCGUCACUACACCACCUUCGAUGGAGAGACAUACACCUUCCAAGGCACCUGUCGCUACCAGCUCACAGCCCUGUGCAAGAAGGCAGAGGGGCUGGUGGACUUUGAAGUCUACUUCCAGGACAGCAAUAUUGCUCCUGUGCAGAUCAAGGUUUCUGAGACUGACCUCAGGGUCAGCACUCAAUUCCCUGGCAAAAUCAUGGUGAACAAUUUCCUGAUUAGUCUCCCCUCCACCCUCGAGGAUAAGAAAAUAACUACGUAUAGGAAAGGCUGGGCCACAGUGAUCCAGACAGACUUUGGCCUCAGCGUGACCUUUACUGGUUGGUCAGGACGCACCACGGUCACGCUGCCUGUCACCUACGCGGGGGCCGUGUGUGGUCUGUGUGGCAACUUCAACAGGGACAGGGAGGAUGACUUCCAGAUGAGGGACGGCACGCUGGCACCCAACCUCGGCAGCUUUGGCCAGAGCUGGAAGGUGGGAGACGUCCCUGGAUGCUCUGCAGUGACGAUACCUCCAUGUGCAAAUCUAGAAGCUAUGAAGCUGAUGAGGGACGGCACGCUGGCACCCAACCCCGGAAGCUUUGGCCAGAGCUGGAAGGUGGGAGACGUCCCUGAAUGCUCUGCUGUGACGAUACCUCCAUGUGCAAAUCUAGACGCUAUUGAACAAAAGCAGCGACUGAGCAGAGGGCAGUGUGGGCUCAUUCUCCAAAAGAGUGGCCCCUUCCGAGGAUGUCACCACAAGGUGGAACCGCAUGGAUACUUCCUAGACUGUGUGUACGACUAUUGCUUCCUGAGUGGGGGGGAGAGUAACGUCUGCCAGGCCAUUGCUGGUUAUGCCGAGGCAUGUCAGGAAGCUGGAGCUGUGGUGUAUCCCUGGAGGACUCCAAAAUUCUGCCCUGCAUCCUGUCCCCAGAACAGUCACUACGAAUUCUGCAGCAGCAGCUGUGAUCUGACAUGCAGCAACCUCUAUGCCCCGGUGAAAUGCACGACCCAAUGCAAGGAAGGCUGCAUGUGUGACGAUGGCUUUGUUCUCAGUGGUGACCACUGUGUCCCCCUUUCCCAGUGCGGAUGCCUCCACAGGGGACUUUACUACCAGUCCUGGAAUAUCUUCCACCCAAGCAGCUCGUGUGAAGAGCAGUGCGUGUGUCAGGCUGGGGGAGAAGUUGUGUGUAAGGCUUUCACCUGUGGUGCUGGUGAGCAGUGCGGGCUGGUGGAUGGUGUCCGGAAAUGCCACCCAUUUGGAUCUGUGACCUGUUCUGCCUCUGGUCAUCCCCACUACCUCUCUUUCGAUGGGGUCCCCUUUGACUUCCAAGGCACCUGCACCUACAUCCUGGCCAGGACCUGCACUGACGCCAGCCAUCUAACGCCAUUCACCAUCCGUAUAGAGAAAGAAUCCUGGGGCAGUGGGAACAUGUCCGUGGCCAAACAGGUGUCCAUCCAGGUGUACGGGAUCACACUCACCCUGCUGCAGAACAGACAAGGGCUCAUCAUGGUGGAUGGGGUGUCUCACAACCUCCCGGUGAUAAUGGGCCAAUGGCGAGCGUAUCAGCAUGGCUCUAAUGUCCUAGUGCAAACUGACUUUGGCCUCACCAUGAGCUACAACCUGGUUUACCAGGCCAGAGUGACUAUCCCAGGGAGCUACCGGGGCCAGACGUGUGGCCUGUGUGGGAACUACAAUGGACGGGAAGAUGAGGAAUUCCUGCUCCCCGACGGAAGCACAGCCCCUGAUGUGGCAGCAUUUGGCUCUGCUUGGGAAGUCCCGAUCCCAGGAGCAUCCUGUGUAGACAGGUGUGCUGGAAACAGCUGUCCGGUUUGUGAGGAGCGGAAGAAGGAGGUCUUCAAAGGGAGCAACUACUGCGGGCUGCUCUCAGAUCCUGACAGCCCCUUCGCCGCCUGCCACGGCACAGUCAGCCCCAGCGUCUAUCUGAACAAUUGUAUUUUUGACGUGUGCCUGGCCAACGGGCAUACAGAGAUUCUGUGCCAGCGCAUCCAUAGCUAUGUGACAGCCUGCCAAGAGGCCAGGGUCUUCAUCCAGCCCUGGAGGAACUCCUCCUUCUGCCCUAUGAGCUGCCCGAACAACAGCCACUAUGAGCUCUGUGCCGACCUCUGCACCUCCUCCUGCACUGGAGACAUCAUGGGCUGCCCAGAGACCUGUGCUGAAGGCUGCCAGUGUGACGAUGGUUUCUUCUUUGACGGCCAGGGCUGUGUGCCUCAGGAGAGCUGCGGGUGCUUCAAAGAAGGGAGAUACUACAAGCCCAGCGAGGUGGUCCUGACAAACGAGUGCCAGCAAAGCUGCACCUGUGUUCCUGCCCGAGGGCUGACCUGCAAAGUCCACCGCUGCGGCAGCAGAGAAACCUGCCAGAUUAGAGACGGCGUCAUGGGCUGCAUCGGAAAAGAGCCUCCAAUUUCACCCUGCAGCGUGGUCGUCUGCAGGGAAGGAGCUAUCUGCAAAAUGAUAAAUGGGCAGCCAGAGUGUGUGCCAGUGUCUCAGGGCACGUGCUGGGCCAGGGGAUACUUGCAUUACCACACCUUUGACGGACGGGCUUAUGAUUACCAUGGCAACUGCACCUACACUGUGGCCAAAACCUGCAAGGGUGACUCCGUCCUGCCCUCCUUCCGCAUUACGGCCAAGAGUGAGAACAGUGGGAGCACACAGGUCUUCUACAUUGGAUCAGUGACCAUCCAGGUGGAUGGAGUCACCAUCACAGCUGCCAGGGCUGAGAUCAGCUUGGUGUGGGUGAAUAACACCAGGGCCCACUUACCCAUCUCCCUGAACAAUGGUGUCCUUCGUCUCUAUCAGAGCGGCACCUCCCUUGUCCUCCGCACCAGCUUCAAGCUCAGCGUAGCCUAUGACUGGAACAACCACCUGAGGGUCACCGUCCCCCGUGACUUCUCCAACAGCUUGUGUGGCCUGUGCGGUAACUAUAACGGGGAUCCCACUGAUGACUUCCAGACCCCAGACGGGGACCUGGCUCCCAGUGUUGCCGCCCUGGGGAGAAGCUGGGCAGUGGAAGAUGAGGAACAGCAUUGCUGGCAUGACUGCAUUGGGGGCUGCAAGCCCUGUGCCGCCAGCAUAGCCAGAAAGUACAAGGAGGAGGACUCAUGUGGCCUGAUAACCAAGGUCUCAGAUGGGCCCUUCAGCCAGUGCCACGCCAAGGUGGAUCCUACAGCCUACUUGGACAACUGCGUGUACGAUCUCUGCCACACCGACGGCUACAGGAAGGCCCUGUGCGAGGCCCUGAAGGCCUACGCGGAUGCCUGCCAGCUGGAGGGGGUCAGGAUUGGGGACUGGAGGCAGCUAGCCAGAUGCUGGAGAGGGUAUGAGGAAAGAUUGUGCCCUGGUAUUAUUGUGCCCACUGUGAAUAACACCAGGGCCCACUUACCCAUCUCCCUGAACAAUGGUGUCCUUCGUCUCUAUCAGAGCGGCACCUCCCUUGUCCUCCGCACCAGCUUCAAGCUCAGCGUAGCCUAUGACUGGAACAACCACCUGAGGGUCACCGUCCCCCGUGACUUCUCCAACAGCUUGUGUGGCCUGUGCGGUAACUAUAACGGGGAUCCCACUGAUGACUUCCAGACCCCAGACGGGGACCUGGCUCCCAGUGUUGCCGCCCUGGGGAGAAGCUGGGCAGUGGAAGAUGAGGAACAGCAUUGCUGGCAUGACUGCAUUGGGGGCUGCAAGCCCUGUGCCGCCAGCAUAGCCAGAAAGUACAAGGAGGAGGACUCAUGUGGCCUGAUAACCAAGGUCUCAGAUGGGCCCUUCAGCCAGUGCCACGCCAAGGUGGAUCCUACAGCCUACUUGGACAACUGCGUGUACGAUCUCUGCCACACCGACGGCUACAGGAAGGCCCUGUGCGAGGCCCUGAAGGCCUACGCGGAUGCCUGCCAGCUGGAGGGGGUCAGACUUGGGGACUGGAGGCAGCUAGCCAGAUGCCCCCUGGAAUGCCCCCUGGAGAACAGCCAGUACCAGCUCUGUGGAACAGCCUGCCCAGCCACCUGUGUGGACCACUCGGCCCCCAGCAGCUGCCAAGACCCCUGUGUGGAAAGCUGCCAGUGCAAGGAUGGUUUUGUGCUGAGCCAGGGGAAAUGCAUACCCAAGAGCGGCUGUGGGUGCCUGUCUGAGGGGCGCCCCUAUGCCCCCAAUGAGAGCUUCUGGCUGGAUGAGGCAUGUGGCACACUGUGCAAAUGCAACGCAGACUCUAGACAAGUCGAAUGCCAGGCUGCCGUGUGCAAACAUUCGGAGACGUGUGGGCUAGUGCACGGUGUGCGGGGCUGUUACCCCUCCAGCUAUGCCACCUGCUCCAUGACAAGCAGUCGUCACUACACCACCUUCGAUGGAGAGACAUACACCUUCCAAGGCACCUGUCGCUACCAGCUCACAGCCCUGUGCAAGAAGGCAGAGGGGCUGGUGGACUUUGAAGUCUACUUCCAGGACAGCAAUAUUGCUCCUGUGCAGAUCAAGGUUUCUGAGACUGACCUCAGGGUCAGCACUCAAUUCCCUGGCAAAAUCAUGGUGAACAAUUUCCUGAUUAGUCUCCCCUCCACCCUCGAGGAUAAGAAAAUAACUACGUAUAGGAAAGGCUGGGCCACAGUGAUCCAGACAGACUUUGGCCUCAGCGUGACCUUUACUGGUUGGUCAGGACGCACCACGGUCACGCUGCCUGUCACCUACGCGGGGGCCGUGUGUGGUCUGUGUGGCAACUUCAACAGGGACAGGGAGGAUGACUUCCAGAUGAGGGACGGCACGCUGGCACCCAACCUCGGCAGCUUUGGCCAGAGCUGGAAGGUGGGAGACGUCCCUGGAUGCUCUGCAGUGACGAUACCUCCAUGUGCAAAUCUAGAAGCUAUUGAAGAACAGCAGCGAGGGAGCAGAGGGCAGUGUGGGCUCAUCCUGGACACGGGUGGCCCCUUCCGAGGAUGUCACCGCAACAUGGACCCGCAUGGAUACUUCCUAGACUGUGUGUACGACUAUUGCUUCCUGAGUGGGCGGGAGAGUAACGUCUGCCAGGCCAUUGCUGGUUAUGCCGAGGCAUGUCAGGAAGCUGGAGCUGUGGUGUAUUCCUGGAGGACACCGAAAUUCUGCCGUGAGAUCUUGAAUGAAAUUGCAUGUCCUGCAAUGACCCUGAACAGUCACUAUGAAUUCUGCCGCAGCAGCUGUGAUCUGACAUGCAGCAACCUCUAUGCCCCGGUGCAAUGCACGACCCAGUGCAAGGAAGGCUGCGUGUGUGACGAGGGCUUUGUUCUCAGUGGCGACCGCUGUGUCCCCAUUUCCCAGUGUGGAUGUCUCCACAGAGGUCUUUACUACGAGGUCGGGGAAACCUUUCACCCAAGCGACUCUUGCGAGGAGCAGUGCAUGUGUCAGGCUGGGGGAGAAGUUGUGUGUAAGGCUUUCACCUGUGGUACUGGUGAGCAGUGCGGGGUGGUGGACGGUGUCCGGAAAUGCCACCCAUUUGGAUCUGCCACCUGUUCUGCCUCUGGCCAUCCCCACUACCUCUCUUUCGAUGGGGUCCCCUUUGACUUCCAAGGCACCUGCACCUACAUCCUGGCCAAGACCUGCACUGACUCCAGCAACCUGACGCCAUUCACCAUCCGUAUAGAGAAAGAAUCCUGGGGCAGCGGGAACGUGUCCGUGGCCAAGCAGGUGUCCAUCCAGGUGUACGGGAUCACACUCACCCUGCUGCAGAACAGACAAGGGCUCAUCAUGGUGGAUGGGGUCUCCCACAACCUGCCUUUGGUCGUGGCCGAGGGGCAGCUCCAAGCAUAUCAGCACGGCGGGAACAUGCUGGUGCAAACGGACUUUGGCCUCACCGUGAGCUAUGACCUGGUUUACCAGGCCAGAGUCACUGUUCCAGUUAACUACCAGGGACAGACGUGUGGCUUGUGCGGGAACUACAACGGGCGCCGGGACGACGAGUUCCUGCUCCCCGGUGGCAGGCUGGCCCCUAAUAUGGCAGCGUUCGGGUCGGCCUGGAAAGUCCCGGUCCCGGGGGCGGCCUGCGAGGACGGAUGCAGUGGGAACAGCUGCCCGGUUUGUGAGGAGAGGAAGAAGGACGUCUUCAAACAGCGCCACUACUGCGGGGUGCUCACGGCCCCUGACGGCCCCUUCGCCGCCUGCCAUGGCACGGUCAGCCCCAGCGUGUAUUUCAACAACUGCCUCUAUGACGUGUGCCUGGCCAACGGGGACUCCCCGGUCCUGUGCCAGAGCAUCCACAGCUACGUGACGGCCUGCCAGGAGGCUGGGGCCUCCAUCCAGCCCUGGAGGAGCACCUCCUUCUGCCCCAUGACCUGCCCAGCCAACAGCUACUACGAAGUAUGUGCCAGCCUCUGCUCCAGCGCCUGUGCUAGAAACAAUAUAAACUGCCCGGAGACCUGUGCCGAAGGCUGCCAGUGUGACGCCGGCUUCCUCUUCGAUGGCCAGGGCUGUGUGCCUCAGGACAGCUGCGGGUGCUUCGAGUAUGGGAGAUAUUACAAGCCCAGUGAGACCAUCCUGAUGAGCGAGUGCCAGCAAAGCUGCACCUGCCUUCCCGCCCAAGACGUGACCUGCAAAGCCCACCACUGCGCCAGCGGAGAAACCUGCCGGAUCAGAGAUGGCAUCAUGGGCUGCAUGAGCCAAGAUGCCUGCACAUCUCUGAAAUGCCGAACUAAAGAGACAUGUCUGACUGAGGAUGGCCACACAGCGUGUGUUCCUGACUACAAGAGCGUGUGCUUGGGCUCAGGAGGCACACAGUACCAAACUUUUGAUGGUCUGAAGUUUGACUUCCAGGGCACCUGCACCUACACCCUGGCCAAAUACUGUGGGAGCGACCCCACCCUGGAGCCCUUCGCCAUUGAGGAGAAGAACGACAAUCGGGGGAGCCAGGAUAUCUCCUUUCUGCGAGUGACCAACAUCUACAUCUAUGGGCACAAAAUCUCCAUCUAUAAGAGGGAAGUUGGCAAAGUCCGGCUAAACGGCGUGAGCACCAGUCUCCCAGUGACGCUGAAAGAUGGUAAAAUCAGACUGUACCAGAAAGGCCUCAGCACCAUCAUACAGACGGACGUUGGCCUCCAGGUGGGAUACAGUAAGAACUGGCAGCUAACAAUCACCCUCCCCAGCAGCUAUUAUGAUGCCAUGUGCGGCCUUUGUGGGAACUUCAACAAGAACCCUGAGGAUGACAUGCUGUUAUCCAGUGGCACCGCAGCCUCCUCCAUUGUGGCCUGGGCUCCCAGUUGGAAAGUCCAAGACCGGGACCCCUUUUGCUGGGAUUUUUGCCAAGAAACAUGCCCAAUGUGUGAAGAGAGCAAGAGAAAUCUGUAUGGGGACGACAGUCACUGUGGGCUGAUCAGUAAAGCACUGGGACCCUUCAGAGAGUGUCACUCCAGAGAGAGCCCCGACAAAGUCUUUGACAACUGCCUCUAUGAUGUGUGUCAGAAUGGAGGGGAAAAGACCAUUCUGUGUGUGGCACUGGAGGACUAUGCGGAUAAAUGCAAGGACCAUGGAGCCACUGUCUAUGACUGGAGGACACCGUCCGGCUGUAAUGAAUCGGGAGAAAACUGCGAAGCCCUGAAAUGCGGGACCAAGGAGACUUGCAAGACUAAGGAUGGCCACGCAACAUGUGUUCCUGACUAUUUGGGAACUUGCUGGAGCUGGGGGGACCCACACUAUCAGACCUUUGAUGGCCUGAAGUUUGACUUCCAGGGCUCUUGCACCUACACCGUCGCCAAGUACUGUGGCCAUGACCCAGCCCUGGAACCCUUUGCUGUUGAUGAGAAGAAUGAUAACAGGGGCAGCCAAGCCAUCUCCAUUCUGCGAGUGACCAACAUCUAUGUCUAUGGGUACAACAUCUCCAUCUACAAGAGGGAAGUUGGCAAAGUCCGGCUGAAUGGCAUGAUCACCAGUCUCCCGGUGACACUGGCAGAUGGCAAAAUCCGCAUGUACCAGAGUGGCCUCCGCGCCAUCCUGCAGACAGACUUUGGCCUCCAAGUGGCAUAUAACUGGGACUGGCAUCUGGUGAUCACCGUCCCCAGCAGCUAUUAUGGGGCCACAUGUGGCCUGUGUGGGAACUUCAACCAGAACCCUGACGAUGACCUGACGUCACCCAAUGGCACCAGGGUCUCCUCCACUGUGGCCUGGGCAGCCGGUUGGAAAGUCCAAGACCAGGAUGCGUUGUGCUGGGAUUCCUGCCAAGAGAACUGCCUGACGUGUGAUGAGAGCACAAAGGAGCUGUACAGGAGCGACAGUCGCUGCAGGUUGAUCAGCCAAGCAGCGGGAGGGCCCUUCAGAGACUGUCACUCCAGAGUGAACCCCAGUGAGUUCUUUAAUAGCUGUGUCGCCGACGGGUGUCUGAACAAGGGCGCUACAAGAAUCUUGUGCCAGGCACUGGAGGCCUACGCAGCAACAUGCACAGCCUACGGAAUUACCCUCGAUGACUGGAGGACGCCGUCUGGCUGUGCCCUGCCCUGCCCUGAGAACAGCCACUACGAGGCCUGUGGGCGAACUGCCAACACCUCUUGCCGGGAGCCCUGCGUGGAGACCUGCCAGUGUAACGCCGGUUACGUCCUCAGCGCCGGGCAGUGCGUCCCCGUGGGGAGCUGUGGCUGCGACUACAACGGCCGCUACUACCAGCCCAGCGAGGAGUUCUGGGCCGAUGAGAACUGCCGCUCUCGGUGCAGGUGUGACCCCAGCCUGGGCAUGGUGCUUUGCCAGGAGACCAGCUGCAAGGCCAGUGAGAGAUGCGCCGUGGUCAACGGGGUCCGGGGCUGCCAGCCAAUCAGCUACUUCACCUGCAUAGGUACUGGAGAUCCCCACUACACCACCUUUGAUGGGAAGAAGUACGACUUCAUGGGCACCUGCAUCUACCAGUUCGCGGCUCUUUGCUCCCAGGACCCCACGCUCACCCCAUUCAACGUCAAAGUGGAGAAUAACAACCGGGGCAGCAAGGCCGUGUCCUUCACCAAAACUGUGACCUUAGAGGUUUACAACGUGACCAUCAGCCUGAGCCAGGAGCAUCCUCGCAAGAUCCAGGUGGAUGGUGUCUUUGUGGACCUGCCCUUCUCCCAGAAGAACAAAUUCAAAGCCUACAUCAGUGGUGUCCAUGGUUUCAUCAAGACUGACUUUGACCUGAGAGUGAGCUUCGACUGGUACAGCUACGCCAGGGUCAUCAUACCCAGCAGCUACACCGGCGCCAUCUGCGGGCUCUGCGGCAAUGCCAAUCAGGACCCCAGUGACGAUCUGACCAUGAAGGAUGGAACUCGGACAGCUGAUGAGGUUCAGUUCGCCGACAGCUGGAAGGUGGGGGAGGUCCCAGGCUGCUCGGCUAGUUGCACCGGGGACUGCUCAGUCUGCAGCGAGGCUCAGAGACAAACCUACAGGGGAGAGCAGUACUGCGGGGUCCUUGCCAGAGGGGAUGGGCCGUUCAGUCAGUGCCAUGGGGCUGUCGACCCCACCCCCUACUUCGACGACUGUGCCUUUGACACCUGCCAGUACAAGGGUCACCGUGACACUCUGUGCAGCGCGAUCAGCGCCUACGGUGUCCAUGGUUUCAUCAAGACUGACUUUGACCUGAGAGUGAGCUUCGACUGGUACAGCUACGCCAGGGUCAUCAUACCCAGCAGCUACGCCGGCGCCGUCUGCGGGCUCUGCGGCAAUGCCAAUCAGGACCCCAGUGACGAUCUGACCAUGAAGGAUGGAACUCGGACAGCUGAUGAGGUUCAGUUCGCCGACAGCUGGAAGGUGGGGGAGGUCCCAGGCUGCUCGGCUAGCUGCACCGGGGACUGCUCAGUCUGCAGCGAGGCUCAGAGACAAACCUACAGGGGAGAGCAGUACUGCGGGGUCCUCGCCAGAGGGGACGGGCCGUUCAGUCAGUGCCACGGGGCCGUCGACCCCACCCCCUACUUCGACGACUGUGCCUUUGACACCUGCCAGUACAAGGGUCACCGUGACACUCUGUGCAGCGCGAUCAGCGCCUACGUGAUGGCCUGCCAGGCCCGGGGCAUCCCGACAGGGCAGUGGAGAUCGGCCUCCUUCUGCAAACCCACCUGCCCCCUUAACUCUCACUACGAGCUCUGUGGAACCAGCUGCCCUACCACCUGCCACAGCACGUGGGCUCUGCAUCGGUGUGAGGAGCCCUGUGCUGAAGGGUGUUUCUGUGAUACUGGAUUCACCCUGAGUGGAGACCAGUGCGUCCCCGUCGCGCAGUGCGGCUGUGUGCACCAGGACAGGUACUACCAGAAAGAAGAGGAAUUCUACCCCAGCACCUCCUGCCGGGAGCGGUGCCUGUGCAAGGGCAACGGGGUCAUCGAGUGCCGGGAGGCCUCCUGUGGAGUAAAUGAGGAAUGCGGUGUGAAGAACGGAGUCCUGGGCUGCCACACCGUAGGCUAUGGAACAUGCCUUGUGUCUGGCAGCAAUCAUUACACAGCCUUUGAUGGAUGGGCCCUUGACUUUCAGGGCUCCUGCACUUACACCUUAGCCAAGGUCUGCAGAAGUGACUCUGGGCUGGGGAACUUCUCCGUGGUGGUAGAGAAUGAGGGUGCUGGUGGUGGCCAUGUGGUUGUGAUGAAGACAGUGGUGGUCUCUGUUCAUGAUUACACCAUCACCAUGGAGCGGGGAAGGAAGUGGAAGGUUCUGGUUGGCGGGGAGCUCUACACCCUCCCGCUGGCUACGAAUGAUGGGAAACUUUGGAUCAACCAGGAGGGGAACAACAUCAUUCUCCAGUCUGCCGCUGGCCUCGGAGUCUUUUAUGAUGCUGCCACCUACCUCCGAGUGUCCAUCCCCAGCACCUACAAGGGACAUGUGUGUGGCCUGUGUGGAAAUUUUAAUGAUGACAAGAAUGACGACCUCCUGCUGCCUGGUGUGAAGAACACCCAGAAUGUGGAUGAAUUUGUCUCCUCUUGGAAGGUGCCCAUUGAGGGCGCCUUGUGUUCUGAUGGCUGCGGUGAGAAGUGCCCCACGUGUGAUGCGGCCCAGACAGCACCAUACCAGGCGGAGAGCUCCUGUGGGCUGAUCAAAGCUGCCUCAGGUCCCUUCAGAGACUGCCACUCACUGGUCAGCCCGGCCGAGUACUUCAGCCAGUGUCUUCACGACAUGUGCACCACCAAUGGGACGGGAGAAACCCUCUGCCAGAGCCUGCAGGCCUACGCGGCCGCCUGCCAAGCCGCUGGGGCCAGGAUCAAGACCUGGAGAACGGCCUCCUUCUGCCCCCUGGCCUGCCCGGCCAACAGCCACUAUGAGCUGUGCACCAGGUCCUGUGAUUUCACCUGCGCUAGCUUGUUCGCCCCUGUCCGCUGCACCGGGAAGUGCUUUGAAGGCUGCUUAUGUGAUCCAGAGUAUGUGUCUGAUGGGGGGGUGUGCGUCUCCAUGGACAAGUGUGGCUGUGUGCACAAUGGACGCUACAUCAAGGUGGGUGCUGGGUAAUUGAUCCAUUGGGCCUCUCUGGUGCUGCCCUUCUCCUCUGGCGGUAGGAUUCCAGUGGGGGUUAGAAUGAUUGCAAAGCAGCAUGUUCUGUGCGGUUGUACCGAAAACCGAGAAGCAUUUCCUGCUGGCAAAGCCCCCCUGCGGCUUCGUCUGUGCUCAGGGCAGCGGUGCCUAGGAAAUGUGAGUCCCAUUGAUUCUACUAGAGGGAUGGCAGGGCUGGAACAACCAAAGCAGCAGCUGCCCCCAGAAGCUCCUUUCCCAGUGUUACAUGGAGCCCGGAGCAUCCUGUGGGGGAGCCAGGUGUCUGGGUUUCCUUGGCUCUGCGUGGUCGCCCCUGCAGUCUCGGUGGACUGAUCUAGGGAACUCCCCAAUCACCUGGUCUGUAACGUGACUCCCUUGGGGUCAGAUCAGAGCCGUACACACAUAUCCAGGUACAGUACUGAGAUGUAGUUUGUUUACAGGACAUUUAAGUGACAGCUGGACCAUGCAGGAAUGAAACGGUAUGGCAGGCUGGCGCCUGAGCAAAUGUGCAGGGAAUGGGACAUGGGACGAGGUGUCUGACUCUGAUCCAGGAUUAGUUGGCUGAGGAGGAUGGGGAAAGCAAUAUGGGGUCUUCCCCUCCUGGGGCCCAGCUCUGACAUAGCCUUAGUUCAGUGGGUGGAGUAUGAGGCCCUUCCCCUCUACUCUGGCUCCUGGGAAACAAGAACAUUGACUGUGUGUAAAGAAAAGCUCUGGUAGGAAAAUCUGCCUUGCACGUGAAAAUCACCACUGCAGCUGACCCUUGGGCAGGGGCAUUGUUGUGUGUGUGCGAGGGUGGGGGGGAAGUUAGUGAACCUCAGUCUGGAGGCCUGUCAAUCCUGCACCUUGCUCUCUUUGUGGUCAACAUUCCUGACUGCUUGUCUCCAUUGGUCCUCCCACAGCUCUGUAUACUGCUGCUUCCAGUCUCUCCUGCUGGGUGUGACUCC